UGGAGAACAGGAGCUGAGGGGAGACCUUCUGAUCUCUGAACUGCCUGAAAGGAGCUUGGAGCCAGGGGGGUCGGGCUCUGCUCCCCAGGAACAAGCGCCAGGAGCAGAGGAAAUGGCCUCAAGUUGCACCAGGGGAGGUUGAGGUUGGAUCAGGGGAAUAAUUUCUUCCUCAAAGGGCUGUGGGGCAAUGGAACAGGCUGCCCAGGGCAGUGCUGGAGUCACCAUCCCUGGAGGGCUGGACAGACGGAUAUGAGGUUCUCAGGACAUGAGGCAGUGGCAGGGGUAAUUUAUGGUUGGACUCAAUGAUCUUCGGGGUCUUUUCCAACCAAAAUGAUUCUAUUAUUUCAGGGGGGAAAAAAGGCUCAAAACAUAAAUUGGAACUUAGGUGAGUUUAAGGGAAAAGAACAAAUACAUUUUGCCCCAUAUAUGAGAUUCCAGGCUCCUCUGCCACCCCAAAAAAACCCUGCUUCACCGAAUCAUACACAGAGUCCCAGGCUGGUUGGGUUGGAGGGACCUCUGGAGAUCAUCCAUUCCAACCCACCUGCUAACACAGGGUCACCAGAGCAGAUCACACAGGAUCGGGUGUGAAUGUCUCCAGCCCUGCCCGUCAUCUCCAGACCACACUCCCAUCUCUUCCAAAGCACCCACCAACCCCUCUAGCCCCAGUCAGCAACUGGGAUGUGCCGGGCCCAUCCCAGACCAGAGCCUCAUGGGCAGGAUCAGGUCUCUUUGCCAUGCGAUCACCUCUGAGUCUCUUCUCCUCUCCCAGGCUUUCAUCGGGGAGAUGACCAGAACCAGCUCCGGAGCCUGGAUGGGGCUGAGCAUCGACCAGACGCGCGGGCAGGAAUGGAGCUGGUGGGACGGAUCCGCGUUACAAGCAGCCCUCUGGAAAAACAAGAGGCAAACAGGUGGUACCAUCAGCUGAGCUGACAGUGGCUGUGCCAGUUCAGGUUGUGAGGGGAAAACACCCAGAAGAGAUAAAUAUUGUUGCUGAAAACACAGUGUCCGAGUGCACCCCACCAGACUGAUUGCCGUCCCGGUGCUCUCCAGGUCUCCAGCUGAAGAUGCUCAUGCUGUGGCCAAGAAGCAGCUGGAGAAGGAAACGCUGAUGCGCGUGGACCUGGAGAAUCGGUGCCAGAGCUUGCAGGAAGAUCUGGAGUUCAGGAAGAAUGUGUUUGAGGAGAGGGAAAUGCGCAGCUCAGAUGGGUGAACCCCGGACACUCCGGUGACAGCCGAGCAGCUCCUGCCCCAUGAGAGAUCUCGGUUCCUCCAGGUUGUGCUCCAGUGAAGAUGAUGCUCUCCAGUUUCCACUCCUGCUUCUCUCUGCCGGCUUUUAUCGUUUAUGGUUUAGUUUUCCAAGUCCACGAGCUGCACUCAGCUCUGCUCAAAGUGAUGGGACCCCCCGGCCCCGUCAUCGUGGCCGUGGGCGAGGACGCGGUGCUGCCCUGCCGCUUCUCCCCGGCGCAGAGCACGCAAGACAUGGAGGUGACCUGGUAUCGGGAGCAGCUCGCGUCCUUUGUGCAUCGCUACAAGGGGGGCCGGGACCAGAACUGGAAUCAGAUGAUGGAAUAUGUAGGGCGCACAGAGCUGUGGAAGGACGGACUCGCCAAGGGCAGCGUGAACUUGAAAAUAAUUGAUGUCCAACUCUCUGACAGAGGGAAUUACACCUGCUUUGUUGUCAAUGGCUCAGACUAUGACCAGGCUGUGGUAGAGCUGAAGGUGACAGUCAGCGGCUCUGUCCCGCUCGUCGCGCUGGAGCGGUACCAGGACGGGGGGAUCCGGGUGUCCUGUCGCUCGGCCGGCUGGUACCCGCGGCCCCAGGUGCUGUGGCGAGAUCCCCACGGGCAGCAUCUCCCAUCCCUCUCGGAAAGCGUCACCCAGGAUCAGAGCAGCCUCUUUGCGGUGGAAAGCAGCAUCAUCCUCACCAGGGGCACGAAGCAGAACGUCUCUUGCUGGGUCCGACACGUCCUGGAUGGUCAAGAACGGGGAUCAGAGUUUUACAUCUCAGAUCCCUUUUUCCAUAAUGCCCAUCCUUUUAUAAUUGCCCUGGGCAUCGUCUCCGUUGCUGUGGUCGCUCUCAUUAUUUUUGCUGUUUAUCUAUUUAAAAUUAAAGGAAAGCGUGAGAAACAAAUAGCAAUGCGAGACGCAGCACUGCGGGACCGUGAUGCAGCAAUCGAGAAACAAGCUGAAGAACUUGCAUGGCGAAGAUAUGCAGUGCCCAUAGAAGAAGCGAAGGUGGUUCUGGAUUCAGACACAGCCCACCGCUCCCUUGUCCUGUCUGAUGACUGCAAAAGUGUGAGACGAGAAGAGAAGACAUUGAAAGUCACUGACAACCCCAGGAGAUUUUUACAAUGGCGCUGUGUGUUGGGUCGUGAAGGCUUCACCUCAGGGAGAUGCUGCUGGGAGGUGGAGGUGGUGGAUGGAGGAGGAUGGACUGUGGGAGUCUGUAGAGAAGAUGUGAACAGGAAGGGCGAGAUUAUAUUGAAACCAGAGGAGGGUUUCUGGGUAGUGGGGCAGUGGGAAGGGCGCUUCCAGGCUCUCACAUCUCCUGGUCGCACUUUCCUUUCUGAAAUCCAGCCUCCCAAGAGGAUCCGUGUCUCACUGUGUUAUGAAGAGGGGCGAGUGUCAUUUUUUGGUGUUGAUGAGAACAUUCCCAUCUUCACGUUUCAAGAGACAUCAUUUGAGGGGAAACCAGUCUACCCUUGGUUCUGGCUGGGUGCUGCGACAUGGCUCAAAGUGUGUCCUUGAUGAAGGGGAGGGAGCAAGAGAAGGUUUUCUAGGGGACCUCAGCCGUUCACACUCACAGCAGGGUUUACAUUGGAAGGAAGUGGUGCAGGUUUCUGUUGCAGCCACCUGCUCCCAGCAGGGCUGCCCUCAAGUGCCUGAGGUGUCUUUGAACCUCGUUCAGCUGAGUUGUGUAGGAUGUCCAAGGGUGGAGAUCUCGUUAUGUCUCUGGACCUCUGGCUGCUGCUGCACUUCUCUCAAGGGGAAGAAUUAGCCCUUUGUGUUUGAACAGAGUUUCCCCAGUUGCAACUCCUGACUGUCGCCUUUCAUCCCCGCUCUCUACCAGUUGAACACACUCUCACUGAACGCACUCCCGCAGCAGGGGUCGCUUUCUGAAUGUACAGAAUAAAGUUACUUCAGCGGGA